GUCAACAAUUUUUGAUCUAUUUUGAAAUUUAAUGUCAAAUGUUUUUUGGAAGAAAAGAUAAAUUGGAUAAUUAUUAUUCAUUUAAUCAACUAAAAAAGCUGAAAUUACAAUAGGAGUUUUUUCGUUUUCGCAAUGGAACACAACAGUGAAAGAGAACAACUGCUAAUUAAACAACCAAUAAAACCUCCGCCAGUCCAGUGCGACUUGGUUAAUGAAUGUCAAAUGUUUCUAAAAGCUGAAGAGGGGGGUGGAGAUGCCCACAUUGCUACAAGAAGUGGACCAGUUGAUAACAAUGAUGGAGGUAAGACUAAUUCAAACCCAGCUCCAAAUACUGUAAGUGAAGUUUCUCCUGAUAACACAAAGUCAACUGCAGCUGAUAAAAAUGAAGACAAUGAAAAAGACUUGGAUUCUGCAGCAGAAGAGAAUGAAGGACUGCCUAGCACUGUAACAAUAUUAGAUGCACCUGAUGGUGGAAAGGUGUACUUGGUUGGCACUGCUCAUUUUAGUUUGGAAUCUCAAGAGGAUGUUUCAAAGGUUAUAAGGCAAGUGAGGCCUCACAUGGUCAUGGUUGAGUUGUGUGAUCAGAGGACCAAUAUAUUAUUGCUAGAUGAAGAAAUUAUAUUAAGAGAAGCUAAGAAUAUUAACAUUGCUAAAAUAAGAGCGACAAUUGCUCAGAAUGGCCUCUUCAAUGGUCUCAUGUAUAUUCUGCUGUUGGACAUGUCGGCACACAUCACAAGGGAACUCGGCAUGGCGCCGGGAGGAGAGUUUAGACGCGCCAUGGCUGAGGCUAAAAGGAUACCAAAUUGUAUAGUGCAGCUCGGUGACCGGUCCAUAGACAUCACUCUGCAGAGAGCCAUUGCGUCUCUCACCUGGGGACAGACUAUCAGAUUUGUUUGGCAUUUACUCACUUCAAACAAAAGUAUAAGCGCCGAGGAGGUAGAGCGGUGCAAGCAGAAGAAGAUGCUGGAGGACAUGCUGGAGGAAAUGGCGGGCGAGUUCCCGCCGCUGAAGCGCGUGUUCGUCGUCGAGCGGGACAUGUACCUGUGCCACUCGCUGCAGGUCGCCGCGCUGCAGCCGCGUCGUGAGCCGUGUCGUAUAGUGGGUGUGGUCGGUAUUGGCCACGUGGCGGGCAUCGUGGAGCACUGGGGCAAGAUCACGCCGCAAGAUAUUGUGCCGCUGCUCAAGGUUCCUCCCACAUCUUUAUCAACGCGGGUGCUGCGCGCGUCGCUGCGGGUGGCGUGUGUGGGCUGUGUGCUGUACGCCGGAUACAAGCUCAUACCGAAACGGUGGCUGCCGUGAUGAUUGAUGUAAAAAAGCAGACUGAGCCUUUUAUGUAUAUUGACUUUCCAUUUGAAGAUUGUUCUCGUCGAAUUUAAUAAGUGGUCUAAUAUAAUGUAUCUAUAGUGAUAAUAGAUCUUACAUUAGGCGAUAGCAUUAUGUUGAAAUUAAAAAUUAAAAUUUAAUUAAGUUAAAUAAAACGGAAC